AUGCCUGACCAGAUCCUGUACCUCUACGGUGGAGAUCGACCGUGGGCCUCAGACACCUGGGUGACCUCGGACGACCGCGUGCGAGGCGGCGCCAGCCAGUCCUAUCUCACUGUCGAGACUCCCCAGCAUGCCCGCUUCCACGGCCACCUGGACACGACGGCCCUCGGCGGAGCAGGGUUCGCCUCUCAGCACUCGCUGGGGACAUUGUCGUUGAAUCUCAAGGACUACGAGGGCAUUAUUGUCUCCAUCAGGGGCCCGGACGAGGCAGACGGCAAGAAGUAUGCCCUGACGCUGAAGAAUGAGAUUCUGCCUCCGAGGGGCGACGGUCGUGAACAGAGCACCGUGAGUUGGGAGGCGGAAUUCGUGGCCAAGAAGCCCGGCGACGUCAAGCUGAGAUGGGCCGACUUCAAACCCACGUACCGGGGCAGGGAGAAGAAGGAUGCGGGCGAGCUGGAUCUAGGGGACAUCAAAAGGGUCGGGCUGAUGAUGAGGAGCUUCUUUGGCGAGCAAGAGGGCGACUUUGAGCUGCACCUGUUUUCCAUCUCGGCAUUUAAGCACGUUCCGUACGAGACGGACAGUGUUGACGGCGAUGAAAAGCAGCAUCUGAAAGUACCGCAUGGGGGAUCAGAGGAGAGCGUCGGCAAAGAGAAGUGGUGGAAGUCAUUGCUCUGCGGGCUAGUCUAG